AUGUCUAUCCUACUAACACCAACGGCCAGGAACGCGACUGCAGCUGCUUUCGAUCCUACCUCCACUCCGGCAAGGACGAAUGGUGCUCCGACGUACAGUGCUGAAUAUCUUUCUGAGCUCAAGGCGAGCACGCCCUCAACACGCCCUCGGCUCCAGGAUGACGACUCUAUUUCGUACGACGCGGAUGUCUCUCUUGCCGCAGACACGUUGGCUCAAUCAUCCUUGGCCUCAAUAGUGGACUUGACUGGAGAUGCAGACACAGAAGCGAGUAUUCUGUCAAGUUCUGCCGUACAAGCCGCGAAGGAGAAACGCGACCGGCUGAGAAAGAUGCGCACAACUGCAGAUGAAGAUUUCAUCUCCUUAUCGGUCACUAAGCACAGUGAUAUACCUCAGGGUCCACAUCCCGAAAGCCGUCUAAUGCGAGAGGAAGACGAGCUGGGCGAGGGCGAUGACGAAUAUGCUGAGUACACUAGUGCACAAGAACGCAUUGCUCUAGGCAAAAAAUCCAAGAAGGUGGAGGCUCGGAAGCGUAGAGAAGAGAUGAGUGAGUUAAUUUUGGAAGCGGAGGAGCAAGACGAGGAAACUAUGGAAUGGGAGGCUGAACAGCUACGCCGCGGUGGAACGUACGUAGACGAAGUUAAGGGAGAAGCAGCAAAGCCUGUCUACAAGCCUGCACCUAGUACGACAUCUUCUAAUGUUUCACUUCUAGUUCCAACGAACGCCCCGAUCCCCGACCUGGACUUAGCGGUCGCCCGACUCAAAGGUUCGCUCACAUCGCUUACUACCUCACAUCAGCAAAACACUGCAUCUAUGGCUUCUCUCGCCCAGGAGCGUGUACAGCUGGAGCAAAAGGAGACAGAGAUGCGAGAGAUGAUUGUGAAGACGGAAGAUAAGCGAAGCUGGUUUGCCGCAUUCAGAGAAUGGGUGGAGAACAUCGCGACUUUUCUGGACGAGAAGUACCCUCAACUGGAGAAAUUGGAGGAGGAACACGUUUCACUCCUUCAAGAACGAUACGAUCUAAUCUCCCAGCGAAGACGAGUCGAUGAUGAUGACGACCUCUCACUGUUCCUUGGGUCACUGCCUGCACCACCACAGUCGCAAGAAAUAGACGAAUUAGGUCGAGUUGUUCCAGUAGCCAACUCUACUGCCCUAAUGCGAGACAGGACAGUUGCUCGUAGCGGUCGGCGACUCCGGAGACGUGCGCAGAAUCAAACCCAAGAAGAGGAGGGUUAUUCAACCGACGCAACUUUGCCACCAUCCGACGCGGCAGAUUUCCAGACAGCAAUAAGCAAGCUACUGAACAAGGGUCAGGACGUCCUGUCAGACGUUCGAGCAAAGGACUUCCGAGAACCUAGCCAAGGCUUGGGCAAGUGGUUCGGAGAGUGGCGUGAGAAAUUCGGAGAUAGCUACACUGGAGCCUGGGGAGGGCUUGGCAUGAUAAGCGGCUGGGAGUUCUGGACAAGAUUGGAAAUCUUAGGCUGGGACCCUCUUGAGGACAAGAGAAGCCUGGACACGUUCUCAUGGUACAAGUCACUAUACGGAUAUUCCCGUCCACGACAUGCCGAGGAUGACGAGGAUGACGAAGAACCCGAAUUGGGUCCCGACGGUGAUCUUGUCUCGGCCAUGAUCAGUACCGCAAUCAUUCCACGGGUGUGCAAGCUAGUAGACGGGGGCGCUCUUGAUCCUUACUCGGCGAAAGACAUUCGAAAUCUCAUAGAUCUGGCGGAGCAGAUUGAAGCUUCUACCGAGAGAGACAGCCUGAAAUUUCAGACGCUUCUAAAGUCGGUGCUCACCGUUUUCCAGCGAGCGGUCGAGUCUGCGGAGACAGCGGUAGCGCCAUACCUGACUUUGAACCGGCCGCGCUUUGACCCCGAAUCGGUCCCAGCUCGCCAACGUUUCCUCGCCAGACGCCAGAAGCUCCUUAACAACAUGGUUCGAUGGCGGAAGUAUUCUGGAGAGCGCUUCGGAAUUGGCAUGCUCAUUACCAACCUGGUGAGUAGCUGCAUGCUACCCGUGGCCGAAAGUGGUUGGGAGGUAGGAGGUGAGGAACGCAUGAAGAAGACCGCAGCCAUGCUCCCCAAUGAGCUCGUCCCUGUUGUGCUCGUGGACCGUUUAGAGGGCGGCAAAUGA